CUUCAGCGGACAUGGCUCCCAGCGUGCCAGCGGCAGAACUCGAGUAUCCCAAAGGCAUCCGGGCCAUGCUGCUGGGGCCUCCCAGGGCCGGUAAAGGCACCCAGGCACCCAAAUUGGCUGAAAACUUCUGUGUCUGCCAUUUGGCUACUGGGGACAUGCUGAGGGCCAUGGUGGCUUCUGGCUCAGAGCUAGGAAAAAAGCUGAAGGCAACUGUGGAUGCUGGGAAACUGGUGAGUGAUGAAAUGGUAGUGGAGCUCAUUGAGAAGAAUUUGGAGACCCCCUUGUGCAAAAAUGGUUUUCUUCUGGAUGGCUUCCCUCAGACUGUGAGGCAGGCAGAAAUGCUCGAUGACCUCAUGGAGAAGAGGAAAGAGAAGCUUGAUUCUGUGAUUGAAUUCAGCAUCCCAGACUCUGCUAUCUGAAGAAUCACAGGAAGUCUGAUUCACCCCAAGAGUGGCUGUUCCUACCACGAGGAGUUCAACCCUCCAAAAGAGCCCAUGAAAGAUGACAUCACUGGGGAACCCUUGAUUCGUCAAUCAGAUGAUAAUGAAAAGGACUUGAAAAUCCGCCUGCAAGCCUACCACACUCAAACCACCCGACUCAUAGAGUACUACAGGAAACGGGGGAUCCACUCUGCCAUUGAUGCAUCCCAGACCCCUGAUGUCGUGUUUGCAAGCAUCCUAGCAGCUUUCUCAAAAGCCACAUCCUAGUAUCAGAAGGCCAGGCGAGACUGCACCACUGCUCAUCACCCAGUGGCGUGAUCCCUGCUCUUAGGUGCUGGGCAGAAGGGAAGGGUGGUCAGGGUGAGGAUGGUGAGGGAGGGCUGUUGAGGGGCUCAGAGGAAUACUUGGAACAACAGCAGUGUUAUUGUAGUAUGGCAGUUUCUUUUAUACAUAGGUGGGAGUUUUUAAAGUAAGGGAAAAAUUAAUUUUAAAAAAAAUACCAUGCUUGGAGGGUGGGGGUAGAAAUAGAUACAAUAUUAUUUCUAAGGAAUCGGGUUUUCAUUUACUCUGGACUGGUGACAAUAUUUUUUAAAGCCAGUGCUCUGAGACCUCAGAUUUUAUCUCAGAACCCCAUGGGUUCCAGACCAAGAGUACAGGAAAUCAAAUUGUUGUCCUGUCUGUCUAUAGCUUGGAACAGGGAGGCUUUGAUUACUGACCCUGGUUCCACACACUGUAAGAUCAAAAAACCAUCUCCACGUUUGAAAGAGAUGUAAGGUGUAUUCAUAGGGAUGGUGGCUCAAUAAAUCAAGCAAACUGGAAUCAAGGGGAGAGGGAAGGGAAUGAAAUGGAAAGGGAGGCUGAUUCCCUUCCCCUGACUUACCACUAAUUUACUAGGCUUCCUACUCUCAUGAGUAACCUCUCACAACUACCCAGCACAUGCCACAAUCCUAUGCUCUUGCCUUCUUUUAUCUGCAGUGUGUGAAGGGACUCUUUUAAAUAAAUGAGCAAGUGUCCUAAGCUAUGUCAUCCAAAGAUUGUCCUUUCCAUUCUCAAAUCCUGUGACUGGGAUCACUCAACAGCACUGUGAUGUAUUAUUUUCAAUGAGGCGCCUUUCUUAACUGACCAAAUGCUGCCUUGUUGGGCCCCUAAAUCAAUAAAAUAUUUUAAAAUUUGAAAAAAAAACUAUACAAA